AAUUCAAGUAAUGACCACAUGUGGUGCACCGAUCGCCAUUGCAGAAUCAAUGAGAGCGAGUCGAGCGUUGAAUGAAGUGUAGCAAAGUUAUUUCGCGUCCGAUAAAUCUCGACUCAGUCGACGAAACUCUCGAUUGUGCGUACAUUGGCAAUCGUGGCCACUAUCGAUAUCAGGGCCACGCACUGCCAUCAGAGUAUAGAAAGUGCUGCUACGGAUGUUGAACAGGUGUCCCCACUUCGAUACUCUAACCUCGGCGCUGCUUUCAGUGGCUCUGCAGUGUCGGAUGUACACGUAUGUGCGACGUACGGGAUGUGCACCUGGAGGCGUUCUUGUUACUAGGUCAUAAGAGGUGCGUAUCAAUGAAAUUCGUGCUAAUCAACCGUUGCUCGCAGAAAGUAGACACGUCUACAGUCACGGGAACAGACCGCGUGUGUGACAUCGUACGCCGUCGUGUUAAGUGCAUUCGACGAGAAGUUUGACCGAUUGUCCGCUGCUCGCACCUGGCGUCUCUCGCCAGUCUGAUCCAUCGUCGUGUGUGCAUUCCGCGUCCUGCUUUCCUUUCGUCCUAUACGAACAAUCGUGUUCGCGAACGUUUCAUGUUGACGUGUAUAAGAUUACAACAAUCGCAAAACAUCCGGGUUCAGUGACGUAUCGAUAUCUUGUUACGUGCCGCGACGAAUUCCACGUUGCUAUUACUGUGGGUCUAAUAACAGACUACUGUAGUGUAUAGAGCACGAAUCCAACGAACAUUCAUAAUUUUAUAUUGUGCUCAAAACGAAACAACGUCGGGUGAACCAGAAGCUGACCAAACACCGAUCGAAAGAACGUGUUCUCGAGCAGGAUAAAACUGGACCACGGAAGUCUCGGUCGACGUAGUCAUGUAAAUUCAGUGGUCCACAAGAGCACAGUGGCGGCUGAUCUCCUCUUCAGACUCGGGUAGCCGAACGGUUAGUUGAACGGCCGGGUCCCCGAAUACGGCCUGGUCUAACAGGAAGCUCGUCGCGCCUCCAACCGCGAAGGAUCGGGUGAUGAGCUCAGGAUACCAGGUGACCGGCCCCAUCACAACAUGUUCCGUUGCAAGAUUCGCAUUCACACGUGUCAAGUGAUACUGUUCACGUCCCUGGUAUGGUUCCUGGUGGACGUGAUGGUGCUGAUGCUCUAUUCGGAUUGCAUCGGAGGAUCCGGAUGGGGUUGCACGGAGAACGUGAAGCAGCAACAAUCGCUCACUGAGGAAAGUUUGCCCCAUUCGAAGAUUGAUAUAAAAGAAGAGGAACAGAUCCAGCCGGUUGGCCAGCAGAGUAAGAAACGGUACAAACAACCGGAACUGCAUUUGUGGAGGCCAGCUAGGGUAGUUAGGGAUAACAAGGGGAUACCCGGCGAGAUGGGCGCGGCGGUGCACAUCUCGCCGGAAGACGAAGCAAGGCAGCAGGAGCUCUUUAAAUUGAAUCAGUUCAACUUGAUGGCGAGCGACAUGAUCUCGUUGAAUCGGUCCCUCAAGGACAUAAGGCUGGAGGGAUGCAAGACGAAGAAGUACAGCAAGUACCUGCCGGAUACUAGUAUCGUGAUAGUAUUCCACAACGAAGCGUGGAGCACGCUGCUGAGGACCGUUUGGUCUGUCAUUAAUCGGUCUCCACGCACGUUGCUCAAGGAGAUCAUAUUGGUGGAUGAUAAGAGCGAGCAAGAUCACUUGAAGCAAGACCUGGAGCACUACGUAAAAAGGUUACCAGUCCCGACAUAUGUAUACCGUACUGAGAAGAGAUCGGGUCUAAUCAGAGCCAGACUGCUUGGGGCGAAACACGUGAAGGGACAAGUUAUAACGUUUUUGGACGCUCAUUGCGAAUGCACAGAGGGUUGGUUGGAACCUUUACUGUCUAGAAUCGCUGAAGACAGAACCACUGUUGUCUGUCCCAUCAUUGAUGUGAUUAGUGACGAUACUUUCGAGUAUAUUCCAGCCAGCGAUAUGACGUGGGGUGGUUUCAAUUGGAAACUGAAUUUUAGAUGGUAUAGAGUGGCACAAAGAGAAAUGGACAGAAGAUUAGGAGAUAGAACAGCUCCUCUAAGAACACCAACAAUGGCCGGCGGAUUAUUUUCUAUUGAUAAAGAGUAUUUUUACGAAUUGGGGGCGUACGACGAGGGCAUGGAUAUUUGGGGCGGUGAAAACCUCGAAAUGAGUUUCCGGAUAUGGAUGUGUGGUGGGACAUUGGAAAUCGCAACGUGCUCGCACGUCGGUCAUGUAUUCCGUAAGUCAACACCAUAUACAUUCCCUGGUGGUACCAGCAAGAUAGUGAACCACAACAAUGCGCGACUCGCAGAGGUCUGGUUGGACCAAUGGAAGUACUUCUAUUACAACAUUAAUCCAGGAGCUCGAAAUGUAGCUGUUGGAGAUGUAUCUGAAAGAAUUAAGUUAAGACAACGUCUUAAAUGUAAAAGCUUUAGAUGGUACUUGGAAAAUAUUUAUCCUGAAUCUCCAAUGCCAUUAGAUUAUUAUUAUUUGGGUGAUGUACAAAAUGUUGAUACACAAACUUGUUUAGAUACAAUGGGUAGAAGAACAGGUGAAAAUGUUGGAAUUAGUUAUUGUCAUGGAUUGGGUGGUAAUCAAGUGUUUGCUUAUACUAAACGACAGCAAAUUAUGUCUGAUGAUAUGUGCCUUGAUGCAGCUAGUCCCCAAGGUCCUGUCAAAAUAGUACGAUGUCAUGGUAUGGGUGGAAAUCAAGCAUGGGUUUAUAAUGAAGAGACGAAGAUGAUCAAACACACUAAUACAGGACACUGUUUGUCGAAACCUCGUUCAAACGAUGCAAUGCAACCUGUUUUAGCACCUUGUGAUCCGCAUAACAUCGGUCAAAAAUGGACCAUGCGUAGUAAAUUCAAAUGGCAAGCCAGCUAAUAUGAGGUGUUUCUAAGUGCAACAUUUAUAUGUAAUACUUGUUGAUCUAUUUAAUAUUAAUUCAAGAACUGAUAUUCAAGAAACUUCCGUAUUUUGAAAAAUCAAGAAAAAGACUAGUAUUAUACUCCAUAAAAACAAUACAGUAUCAUGUUUUGUCGACUUAUAAAUAUCAACGGAGUUAAUAGUGAUCGUAAACGAGAAACUGAGAGAUUGAAGUUAAUGCUUUUUAGUUACAUAGGAUUUAUUUACUGUUACUAGCAGUAUUGUGUAUUUACUGCCAUUUUUCAUGGUAUGCCUUGAUUAAUAAUGCACAAGUGUUAAAAAAAAAACUAUUCCAAUUGUGCGUGCAUACAAGUGAUACGAAAAGAGACAUAUGUGAACAUUCUUUUUUUAUUUUUUUUUUUUAAGUAAACAAUAAAGAGGAAAGCAUAUCAGACCACUGUUAUAAAUAAAUAAUUGUUAAUACAAAAAAGAGAGACAUAUUUGAUAAUAUGGGAUGAGUGCAAUGCUGGAUGAUUGGAAAAUAUAUCAGUGAAACACAGAUAUAUUAAUGGCAUAAAUGAUACAUUACUACAGAGAGUGAAUGUUGAAUUGCAAGUGGUAUUAUUGUGACACUAUCGAUUACGAUUUAGAACUUGUAUUGUACAAUUUUUGCAGCAAUUAGGGAAGAGCACUGAAUCUUUUUAUACUGAUAUUUCUAACAGUUCCUUGUUGCAUCUCGUUCAUAUGAUUUAGUUGUUAUUUUCUUUUUAUUCGUUUCGUAAAUGGAUGAAUGUAUUUAUAUCUGAAUUCGCCAUAGCAAUAUGAGAUUAACGAAAUAUCGUUUAAGAAUAUAAGAAAACUAUCGAUUGUUAUUCACUGUACUGUUAUAUUUUAAAUAUUUUCUUAAAUUCAAGACAAAAAAUGUCUUCCGUAUUUUCUUAACAAAAAAAAGCUAGAUAUUUUUAUGAUAUUCCUAAUAUCUUAUAUAGUUAUAAUUCUUCAUAGAUUCAGGCCCUUUUUGCUUUUUACAUAUUUGAAGCGUGCCGAAAAUAGAGUGCAAUAUCCUUGUUAAAUAAGAAACAAUUUCCUGUAACUAAUGUAAAAAUAAUUAUAUAAUGUAAUAAUUGUUAUCAGAUUCUGGCGCCCUUCCCUUACAUUAUUAUAAACUAAGAUUAAAUAUCUUUCAUAUUUCAAAAAAAAAAAAAUGAAGAUA